AUGCCUUCCAUGGGGCCGUGGUCAGACAAACCAGAAAUCCAGAAGGCCUUCAUCCAAUGGUACCACGAGUUGGAACCGGAAUACGCUGAUACUUGGAGGAUAGCUGGGAUUUAUGACCUGUUGAAGUUCUGCAUCAUAGGGCUUGGCGAAAGUAGAGAUCUGGUGGAGGCUGUGCUAGGGUUUUCGAGUGGGAGCAGUAAUGUUUUCUGCUUUCCAUGGGGCCCGAUGACACCGACAUUGCUUGAUGUAUGCGUCAUCACUAGUAUGCCUGCUGUUGCAGAUGUGGCCGUGGAUGGCCAUGUGACUGAUGAUGACGCAGCUGCAGUAGCGGCGGGGCAACCCAGAAGCUAUGGACCUUUCAUCAACGAAAACAAAGGGCACACAAGCCGGUUCCAUCAUAUUCGAUUUCUUGCUAUGUGGUUGAACAUGUAUGUGUUUCCUGGGAAAUCGUUUCAAAUGACUAUGGAAUGGUAUCAUGUUGCUGGUAAGUUAGCAUCUGGAGUACAAAUGAACUUGGCAGAAGCGAUACUUGCUAUGUUGUAUCAUUGUUUGCAUGAAGCCAGGCAUAAUCCUGGUGUUACCCUCUGUGGCCCUGUGUGGUUAUUGCAUUCUUGGUUGUAUAUGUAUUUUCCUAGCUUAAAACCAGAAGGGAGGCUUGGUAGGGAAAAACUCACAAUGUCUCAAUACACCGCGCAUCAGGUGUUGAUGGAUCUGAGAGGUAGGUCAGCAGCAACAAUUCCAUUCAAUUUCUAUUUCGAUGCAACACCUGGAUUUGCAGACUGGUGGUAUGAACUGUCAAUUGGUAUGUACGGUUCUGGAUUCGAGGCAAUCAAAACCUCCUUUGGCAUCAACAAGUUUGCAAAGAACAAGUCAGUUGGUGGUGUUGCAGAAACAGAGAAGAAAGGGAAAAGAAAAAGUGACGCUGCAGCAAAGACCGGUGGUCAAUCAAGCAAGAAGAGCACUGCGACCGCCGCUGUUAGGGCAAAAACAAGUACUGGGAAGGAUGCUCCAACUUCCACCUGUCAAUCCAAGAGGUUGAUUGGGAGGAAGCGGUCUGCUAGCGAAGUCAGUAAUAAGGAGAAUCCCGUAUCCGUGUCUGAGAGUGAAAAGGAAGAAGCAGAAAGCCCAGGCAGCGAGAAAGGUUCUGCUGCAGUAGCUGAAGAUCGAGCUGCACAGAAAAUAGUUUUUGAGAUGGGCGGCGCCAAGAGCAAAAAGGCUGCUUAUGGCCUGCAGGAGAAGAAUAAAUUGUUAUCUGAACAACUGAUUGAACAGGCAGGGCAACUGGAAACAAACAUCAAAGAGGCUAUUGCUGCCGAAUUAAAGGCAAAGGCAGAAUUGGAGAAAGCACAAGCCAGACGCAAACAACUGGAGGCGGAGCUAAGUGGUGUUGUUGCGGACACUGAUGUGGCGCUUGAUGGAUAUGGGCGGAUGACCACCGUUGUGAACCAACUGCUUCCCAAGUUCCAGGAUCCUGAAAAAGUUGUAGAAGGUGCGCAGACCAGCUGGAACUUUCUGAAGAAUACCAUCACCAAGCUACAGCAAGAAGUAGGGACAGCUCCCAACUCUCCAAUGCCCAUGAGUCAAAUGCCUCUAAGUCAUCCUGAAAGCGGUGCAACAGUAGAAGAAAGGCAACCAACUUCAGAAAUGUCACAGGAUGUGCCACCGCCUGAAGAGGAGGCCCUUGAUGUGGCACCAUUAGCUAGCAGGCCUGCAACCCCUCCAGCAGAGAUAUGA